AUGAACCAGUUCACACACAUCAAGCCAGAAAAUAUCAUCGUGAAUGAGACGCCCGAGACCAUCACCAUCAAGCUGGCCGACUUCGACCUCUCAGUCAUCAUCCAGGACGGCAGCAAGAUGUGCCAGAACCCCUGUGGCACCGUGCCCUUCGCCGCCCCAGAGGUGCUCCGAGAUGGUCCCGCCUACGACCCCUGCCCAGCGGACAUCUGGAGCCUGGGCGUCGUGCUCGCGGAGGUAUUCUGCGGGGUGCGUGUGGUGGAGCUCGCGAUCAAGGACGCAGAACCAGAGGUGCGGCCAGAGGGCGAAAACACAACGUUCACCGAGUGCAUCCAGACCUUCUUCCAGAUGCCUGCCGCGGUUGCCAACAUGCUGGAGAAGAGUUGCCGCCCAGAGCUCCGCUCACUGCUGCCCACUUGCAGCGCGAUGCUCACCGGGAUGCUGGUGGUCGACCCCACUCAGAGGAUGGAGGCCGACGACGUCCGCUCCGUGGUGGAGCAGGGCCUCGCGCCUCUGGCCCUGGGGCCCGUCGCGCCCGCGGGGCCGCCGGCGCCCGGCGGUCGGCGGCGGCCCGCCCCGCCGCGCGGAGCUGCGGAGGGCGCCCCGGCAGCGGGCGUCACACCGCGAGGCCCUUUGCCGCCACGCCGCGGCGGUGGCGCGGCGCACGGUGGGGUGGGAUCCAGGCCAUCGGUUAGCAGUUCUUUUGCGAGCAGUGGGACGCGUUUGUCUAGUUACCCGCUGCCCAUUGAAAGGCCUCCACCUGCACCCCUUUGCGGGCAUCGCUGCCUCCUCAGUACCGCGUCCUGGUCGCAAGUCAGGACCAUAAUAUUAUCAUGUUACGGGCAUUGGUUGCCGUUCUCAUUCAACUUGAGCCGAGUGUGCUAA